CGCGCAGCCGCCCGCGCGAGGCGCCGGCCAGCUCCCGGGGCUCGCGGAGGCCCGCUGCAGGGGCGGGUGCCGCGGCGGCCGCGAGCGAGGCGCCCGCCGAGGCCGAGGAGUACGCGACCGAUGAGGGCGGCAGGGAGGGCUCCGAGGGGCUGGCCGAGCCAGACGACGGGGAUGAGUUCGAGGAUGGCGUGGCCGAGCUGUCUCUGGGUGGCUGGCCAGGCGGCGACUCCAGGGCGCCGUCGAUGCGCUCCUUCGGGCGGCAGGUAUCUGGGGACCACGCGAGCAGGGUCAGCUCAAAGGCCAGCCACCAUGGCAACGUACAGCAGCUCCAAACAGCGCCGAGGUCUCGCCCCGCGGGCACUGAGGGCUACUACCACCAGCCGCAAAGCUACGGCCAUCAGUGGGACGGCGCCGCUGCUGCGACGCAGCGCUGGGCCAGCGAAGUCCAGGGCUUGAUGCAGCAGCCCUUCGGCGGCUGGGCUGGCGUCUACGCGGGCGCCGAUGCUGAACUGGUGAUGGAUGAGGACGCCAUGUCCAUGCUCUUCUCCGAGCUGAACAUCGACGCCAGUGGCGUGGGGCUGGGUGGGACUCAGAUGGGCUCUGUCGGCGGCCAGGACUUCCGGGGCGCCGGCCAGGGCUUUGGCUACGGGCACGGACAGGGCUACGGACAGGGCUACGGACAGGCUCAGGGGCAGGGCCACGGACAUGGCCAUGGUCAAGGAAGCAGCGCCCACGUCAGCCAGGAGCGGGCACCGAAGCCGGCGGGGGCGCCGUCGCAGCGCGACAGGAGCAGCAGGCCUCCCCACGCGGAUGGCGAGCAGCGGCUGCAGCCGGCACCGAAGCAGGAACUGCGCAGCAGCAGCCGGUCCCUCCACCAGGAGCAGGCGCAGCCGCAGCAGCAGCCGCGCGCCAGGGCUGGGCACAGGGAGGGCAAGGCUGCGCAGCGGGCAGAGGAUGGCGACCCGCUGCGGGAGAACUCCGUGGAGUCGGCGGGCUCCAAGUCGGCCGGUGGCUCAGCCUCCCCGCGGAGCGUCGGGGUGCACAGCGCGGGGCAGAAGGACUCGCAGCAGGCCAGCCAGGAGCUCCUGCAGGCCAGCGUUCAGCAGAGCAUGCAGGGAUCCGAGCCCGUGCGCGCGCAGGCCAAGACCGUGGCUCGCCCGAAGCCGAAGCCGAAGCCGAAGCCGAAGCCGAAGCCCGCUGCGGAGCAGACGCAGCUGGGGGACAUGGACCUGUUCGUCAUGCGGACCAGGGACGGCGUGCAGGACGCGCAGGCGCAGAUGUUUUUCGCGGGCCGCCACGGCAGCAUCGGCACGGUCGCCAGCCUCGGCCCGCCGCAGAUGACCCAGAGCAGCCUCGGCCCGCAGCAGAGCAUCGGCAGCGUGCGCCGCGGCAGCGUCGCGAGCGUGGCCAGCGCAGUGGGCAUGAGCGCCAGCCAGGCGGCCGCGGCGUCCAUCAUGCACGGGGGCCCGGGCACCUCGGAGCUGCAGGUGAAGUCCGUGGGGCUCAUGCGCGGCCUCGGCCCGCUGGGCGCCGCGGCCGCCGCGCGGCCGCGCUCGCCGCCCUCGCCGGCGCCGGCCGCCGCGCCGAGUGCCCGCGCGCUCGGCGCCGGGACCGCCGCCGCCGCCAGCGCCCUGGGGGCGAAGCAGACGGCCCGCGCCGCCUCGCCGGGGAGGAGCAGGCCAACCUCGCCACCCUUCCCGCAGAAGAGGCACCCGCUCGUGCAGCCCGACUGGGACAAGUCCUCCAGCAACAGGGGGGAGCAGCACAUCCCGUACUACGACUCCCUGCUCGACCCGCUGUGCCCGAUCGUGGCCACGCCUGGGCGCCUGAAGCACAUCGUGCAGACGCGGGGUCUGUCGGAGGAGUACCUCUACGUCGUCCGCGCGCGCUUCGAGCAGCACCGGCAGCUCUUCGACCCCGCCGGCGCCCUCGGAGACCCGAAGAGGCCGGAGCGAGCCCCCGCGAGGGGGUGGCCGCCCGGGCAUGUCGAGG